AAAAGAAUCUACAGAGUACAAGGCACUGACUGAACUGAGCCAUGUACCACAAAGGACCAUGCUCAACCAGUGUGCUUUGCGCGGCGUUGUUGUUAUUAUCCGGGAACUCGAUACUGUUUCUCACAUGUAACAUUGUCAGAAACACGUGCCAAUACUUCAGAGCGAAGACGGAUGAAGAAGUCACUUGGAGCGGCGGCGAUUCUAUCGAUGUAACCAACGAAAUUCAGCAUAGUUUUGGUGGCGAAGGUCCAGCUAACCGGUAUGGAUCUCCACUAACUGGCAGAGAAGGAACUUCAAAAGUGGAGUGCCUCAGGGAUCCCUGCUGCAUCUUACAAUUCUCAGGGAAACAAGUAUUUUCAAUAAGCCAAGAGGGAUUUUCAUGAGUAACAACAGGGCAAAAGAGCCUAAAAAAGUUGCAUAAAGGAGGGAGAGAGGGGGUGGUGGUGGUGGAGAAAAAGAGACCUUUCCUCCCCUAUCCCUGAUACAAAUGCUAGGGAAUGAAACAAUGAUUUCCAUAUACAGGUUUCACCCUUACUUAUUUAUACUUCUGAGAAGUAGCCUAUCAAAACUAAAACUGAGUGUGUAGAAGUUUUUCUUGUGUUUCCAUGGCUGUUGAACAUGGCCUAGCACUAUUAGUGUUUCAAACAGCUUGGCCCUGUUUUUUAAUCUCUGAUUGAAGGCUUAAAAUUCAUGUUAGACAACUAGUAAAAGAAUGGUUAAUUAAUUUGAUGAUUUAAUUUAGAUGGGUUUUCUAUAAUUUCUGUAACCUACUUAGACCGCUCUAAAUAAUCAGCCUGUGGAUUAAAAAAAUCAGGUAAAUGCAAGCAGGAAGUUGUAAGAGGUUUGCAGAGACCCAUGGAUAAUUAUUGUUUUAUUUAAAGUGUCCAAAAACAUCUUAUUUCACCCAGUAUUUGUUGGUGUUUCAUUGUCACAGCAAGUAUGCAGCUAGGAACCCUUUUUUAUCAAACAUACAAAUUCUUAAUGCUUGAGAGCCAACUGGCCACUUACAAACUGGUCCCUUGGCCACUGGAAUUAAAUAGCAUAUCUGAGUUCAUUAAAACAAAUUAUUCUGCCAUUUCUCAAUAAUGAGGGUAUUUGUUUAUACACAAAUUGACACACAUUUCAUUUUUGUAGACAAUAUAUGAACUAAUCAAUGUUGAGCUAAGCUCAAAGGAAUGCUAAUCAAACUUGAUGUGUUGACAUAAUAAGCACAGUGGGAACAAAAUAUAUAUAUUGUGAUGUGAAAGUUAUCACUUUCUUCACAAGCCGUUCUUUUUCCCAUUCAUAAAAUUAAUAUAUUAUUUAUUUGCAACAACUUUGCAAAUGAGAAUUAAAGCUGAAGAGGAAUGUGAAUAUUUGAAAACAUAGUAGUACAUGGCUUUUUUUCAUGGAAAAUUCCAAGUAAAAAUUAAUUAGAUUUUCCAAAAGAAAAACAAACCAAGCACUGCUUGUUACCUGUAGGGCAGAAGCUUGGCCUGUGCUGCUUUACUCAUCCCCAUAGGAUUAUUACAGGGGGGAAUAGCGGUAACUGCUUCUUCUUUCUGAACUGCCUGUCAAUCCAUUACAAUUUUUACCCUUUGUACCCUUAAACAUCAGUAUGCAAAUAAUCCUCUGUA